UACCACUGAUCCACACAGCCAAGGGUGACAGGUUACAAUACAGAUGUAGCAGAGCUGACUAUGUACUGCAGUGUUUGUGCUGCACUGUGUGAGAGCACCUUGCGGUGACUUGUGCCCAAUGCUAAACUCAGCUCUACUACAUUGAAGCCACAUUGCAGCAGAAGCGAAGCCUGAGAUAUCCGCAGCCCCCCAAAAAGGCAUCUUUGAAGGCAGCUGGGGAUCUCCAAAUAGACAGCACUGAGGCAAAGAGACAGCGAGCGGUGUGGAUGUGACAGCUCAGCUCUCCCAGCUGUUUCCUCCCCCUCAGCCAAUCCUCACGCCUUCUGUUUUUGAGUCUCAUCCUCCUCCCCCGCCCUGGGCUGCUGGUCCCUGAGCAUCCCUGAGAAAGAGAGGGAGCGAGAGAGAGAGAGAGAGAGAGAGAGAGAGAGAGAGGGGGAGGAGAAAGAGAGAGAGAGGGAGACAGGAGAGAGGGCUGCGUCUGCUCGUCACGUCCGGAGACAUCCCAGAAUGAUCCCAGAUCCGAGACCCCAGUGACGGGAACCUCCUCCGUGCAUCCCCCCCUCUCUCCUCCUCUCCUCUUUUUUCCUUCUUUCCCCCCUUUCUCCAUCCUUUCCUCUGCCCCUUCCUCAAUCCUUUCAUCCUCUCCUCGUAGCCCUCACCUUUCUCCAUCCGUCACCCCAAGUAUCGUCUGUCUGUCGCCCCCCAACCCGUCAGCUCCGCACAUCCACAGCAUCAAUCCCACUCAGUGAUCAGCAUGGGCUGCAUCGGAUCUCACAGUCCAGGCAGUGAAGGGGCAACAUUGGACUGGAAAGGGUUUAAAGAUGCAGACCAAGGAACAAUGGAGAACAGCUCGGUCCACGGAAGCAGCACUCACAGACCAUCCAAUGAGACACGAACAGACUUUUCCUGGGACGGAAUUAAUUUCUCAAUGGAAGACACAACCUCGAUCCUUCCUCGAUUGAAGAGACACUCUAAUGCCUAUGGAAUUGGUGCUCUCGCCAAGUCCUCAGUCAAAGGGGUCUCCCGAACGAUGAAGGAUCACGUGACCAAGCCUACAGCGAUUGGCUCAGGACGUGUUGCUCAUAUGUUAGAAUGGCAAAGCUGGGCUCAACCAACGCCUCCGCCCAUGGAGAACACUCGAAUGGACAGUGACGCUUACUCUGACCUGAGUGAUGGCGAGAAGGAGGCGAGGUUCCUGGCCGGUGUUAUGCAGCAAUUUGCGAUCUCUGAGGCAACGCUAAUGGCCUGGUCGUCCAUGGAUGGGGAAGAAGAAAGUGUCAAUUCCAACCAGGAAAGACAGAGUGAAACUUACCAAGAGCUGCUGGAGAACCAGGACAACCUUGCACAGACACACUCUGACUGCUGGCCACAUUCAUACGUGUCACAAGGACUCUACUGUCUGGGCUCCUCCGAAGCAUGGGCCAGCAGUGAGCAGUCACUGACAGUAUCCCCGGCACCCACAGGGGUUGUAACCACAAAUCCUGGACCUGAGCUUGAAGACAGACAGCUUGAAAACAUCUGUGAGAUUGCCCCUCAGUUACUGCACUCCAAAAUAUCCCCUUCAGAAGAAGACGAUGCUGUCUGCCAUGACUUUCAGUCUCUUUCCCCGCCACGUGAGGACUUCGAGAGCCCCCCACACAGCCGGAAGGUGUCAGAUGUUGCCACAUCAGGGGUGCAAUCCGGAGAUGAAGAGGAAGAAAGAGAAGUGGAAAACUAAGUCACUGAGGGGAUCUGGAGGAAGGAAAUGAUUAAGAGCAUAGCCGUGUGGCAUCUGGGCGGGGUCAUUUAUCAACACUACCCGCAGGGUAAAUGGCAGCUAGAUGGAGUACCUAGUCCCCCAGGACAAAAACUAACGUUUUGCUGCUCUCCAACCAUUUGCACUCAAGAAAUGCACCCAGUCUGUAAUGCGGCAUGGUGCCCACCAUUGAAAUCUUAGGAAUGUUGGGUUCCAUAACCUUAAAUCAAUAGUCUAUGGUGUUUCCAUGCUGCCCCAGUCCUCUUCAGAGCAACUGAUGCUGGAAUUCGCACAGUGGGCCAAACCAUUAGACAGAUGAUAGGUACCAUUGUUCUCAAUUUUUUCCUAUUUUCAUUCAAUGAUCCAUAUUUUUUCCAACCUUUAUGCCUGGGAAUUCUUAAAUAUGCAUUUACUAGCCUCAGAUCAUACAACAAAAUGUGGUCAUAUAUAGUCCACAACCUCCUCAAUGUCUAUAGACUAUUUUAGGCUAUAUUCUCCCAACACAGAACUAUGGCCUAACAGAUCCUUUAAAGCAGAUCACACACAACAUCGGCAAAGCUUAUAAAAUCCAGUAAAUGCUUUUUUUUUAACCCUUAAAUCAACAACCAGAUGUGGCCAUAUGUGAUCUGCUAUUCCCUUCAAAGUACAUAGUCAUCUAUAGGCUGUGUUCAGUUACCUCCCAGUGCUAUAGUAUAACACAGCCCCCUAAUGCAAUACAGGCUUCAUAGUUGUAUAAUAAGCCCCCAACUUUUUCACAUUUUAUAGUUUUUCUUCAUAGGAACCAUUGUCUUCCUAGUCUUCUUAUAGGUCCUACUGAUGUACUUAAAUAACAGCCUGGGCUGCCCAUACAUACUGUAGUACUUGGCCCCUUUUAGAGCAAUAGACUCUCCAUAUAUGUACAAUGAGCCACCAUUAUAACACCAUGUUCUAAAAAAAACUUUCAUGAAAUUAUGUUGAUUUUUUUUUAAUGCUUACAAUGCACAAAUGAGAAGCAAAACAACAGCAUCAAACCUUACGAAGGAAAAAACUCCAGAUGCUUUAAAAGGGAUCCCUUUUCUCUAUUGAUGCUAUUUUCUUGCUCCGGGAUCCACUGGGUUACAGCUGUCACAAUGAUCCAUGGAUUUAGAAAAAAUAUAAACUCUGUUUUCAUGCCUAAGUCACAUGUUCGCACUUUACUGCCCCCUGUUGGCAGCACAUUGAAUUGAUAAAUGACCCCCAGCCCAUGAGAGUGUGAAAUAGUGGGCAUCAAGGAUUGGAAAAGUGGCGACUAAGAUGCGAUGUGCAAAAAGAGACACAGGCUGUCUGUCUGCCCUACCACCACCGCAGAAACGUCUUCCUAUGUUGUCCAAGAGAUGAGGACCACCUCGCACCCCUCCCAUACUCAUCUGUGAUAAGACAAAUCCAAGACACAAAGCAGUUCUGGUGAUGCCCUCUCCUGAAGUUCGCAUUUCUAAAAUAAGAGACAGGCUCAGGUGGUGGAAAGAAAGACUGCUCGGUUUGGGGAGGUCUCGCAUGCCUUAAAGUGACCUCCUUAAAGCAUCCUGAAAUCAUUGCCAAACCCCCCCCCCUCCCCCCCAAAAAAACUUGUAUCUGCAUUCCUGCCAAAGACCCCAGAGCAUUGCUUCAUUAACCCUAUUACCUGCCAAAAAUGUAAAGGGCAUUGUAUUUCAUCGUCUUGCCAACUGUUUCCAUGCCAACCCUACAAAAAUUUACAUGCCGGGCAUUUUACAGCAUCCAUGUUAUAUCUUUUUUGUUUUAAAAUUGAUUGUCUUAUUUUCUGGCUUGCUGGCAAAAUUUAUUCACAGAAUUAAGUUAUUAAACCCAAAUAGAUCUACCUGCAGAGCAUUGGUCUGACAACACAGUUUUGCAAAAAAUUGCCUACAGGGUAAUGAUGUAUUCUUCCUUGUGGCAAAGACCUGCAGAGCAUCAUGGCACUGACCUCUUGUUCUUGGCCCAUAAACCCACCCUGCGGUACUGCUGGUACUCCCCUGGUACUGCUGAGUAUACUCAUUGGGGGAGAUUUAUCAAAACCUGUCUAG